UUUCCGCUUCCGGUUGGAGUGUUGACCAUGGCGGCCUUGAGAAGGCUGGUGGGCUUGCAAAGGUUGCUGGGGUUACCGGUUCGUGCGGUCUCCUCCGACCAAACAACGAAUUCCACAAUUUCUGCCCGGUUACCCCGAGUCCCUCGCCCUCCGGAGGUGGUUGAGUGGCACCCAGUGGAGAAGGAGGAGGAGAAGAACCAUUUCGUCAAGAAUCCAGACUUUCAUGGCUUCAGUGAAGAUCCUGUUAUUGAUGCGCAGAAUAUGCAUGUUACCUUCUUCUUCGGCGUAUCUGUUUGCCUUGUACUGGGCACCACCUUCCUGUAUUAUCUGCCUGACCAAAAGAUGUUUCAUUGGGCUCGCCGGGAAGCUGAACGAAAAAUUAAGGAGCGAACAGAACAAGGGUUACCCGUUCUUACCUCUGAUUACUAUGACCCUAGCAAGAUUGUGCUGCCUCCUGAGGAAGAGGAAUGAUCACUUUAAUGUUUGCCUGUAUGCUGAGAAUAAACCUCCAAGAUAUCUG